AUGAAAAUUGAUAGCUUCCUAGUUCAACAGAAUUUCACCAAGUGCACUACUGAGCAUGAAAUUUAUGUCAGAAACACAGAUUCUGGUGAGUUUUUGAUAAUAUGUCUCUAUGUAGAUGAUUUGCUAGUGACUAGCGGUAGUAAAGAAGAUAUAAGAGUGUUUAAAGGAAGAAUAAUGGAAGAAUUUGAGAUGUCUGAUCUUGGUGAACUAUCAUACUUCCUGGGUAUUGAAUUUGUUUCUACCAGUAAAGGGAUUUUCAUGCAUCAAAAGAAAUAUGCAGAAGACAUUCUAAAGAGGUUUAAUAUGAUGGAGUGUAAUUCUGUUAUCACACCAACUGAAAUUGGAAUUAAGCUGCAAAGAGAUGGGGAUAAGAAAGAAGUUGAUCCUACCUUGUACAAGCAAACUAUAGGCUCAUUAAGGUACCUAUGUAACACCAGACUUGACAUUGCCUAUUGUGUUGGGUUGAUGAGUAGGUUUAUGGAGAAACCAAAGACACCUCAUUUCCUGGCAACAAAGAGGAUUUUGAGGUAUGUGAAAGGAACAUUAGAUCUUGGCAUUUUAUAUCCUUACAGUCAGAAGAAUAUAGAAGGAGAAGUGUUUGGUUAUAGUGAUUCAGAUUGGUGUGGUGAUAAGGAUGAUAGGAAAAGCACUGCUGAGUAUGUUUUCAAAUUUGGAACAACAUCCAUCUCUUGGUGCUCAAAGAAGCAGAGUGUAGUUGCUUUGUCAACAUGUGAAGCAGAAUAA